CUGUUGUCAGGCUGAAGCCGAGCCGGUGGCCGGCAGACGCUGGUGGGGCAGUUCGGGUGUCGGGAAUUGCAUCUGGAGGCGCGUGGGAGACUGCGGACGCAGAAGGCUGUUCCUCGUCUCGCGUGGACGUAGAAGAGGAGCUGUGUUGUGAGCUCGUUUCGUCGCCGGGGUCGCCUCCUCGUCCGCGGGCCGGCUCCGGGCGCAGGGGCUUUGUUGACCCGCCACUGCCGCUGGGCCGUGGGUCUUCCGAUUAACGAGUAAAUAUGACAUUCUCAAGUCUGCUAAAUAAAUGCUGAAGUCGAAACUUUCCAGCUCCGUGGAUAUUUUAUCUAGGGAAUUUUUUUUUCAAGUUAAUGACUUUGUUUCAUAUUCGCGUUUGGAACUCGUCUGCUCCUUGUCUUGCUCUCUCUCUCCCUCCUCAUUCCUUCUGUUUCGUUGGUCUUCGGAGGUGAAAAAAAUCUUUGUUCGGAAGUUUUAUGAGCCUAGAAGCAAAUAUUUUCAUCCAAAGCUGUGGGGCUCGUUUAUGAAUGACAUUAUGAAAGGUUCUGAGUUUAGCCCAGAAAAGGAAACAAGGGUUAAAAUGCCAACGAGGAGACUUCGUGAGGUCGUUUCUCCAAAUCAGGGAGAUAAUUGGCCUUUCAUAAAAGAUGAGUUGCCUUACGUUCCUCCAGCUUUGCCUGCCAAUAGACGUCUUCCUGUUGGGAUGAGGACUAGCAGAAAUGGAACAUCAUGUGGUUCAUCAGUUUUAACUUCUGCUAAAAAGCAUCACCAGCCUCAGUUAGACAACCAUGCUGCAUCAAAAAGCGAGUUUUCUAAAGAUAUUAUUGUGUCAAGGCUCCCUUUGGAUAAGACAGAAGAGAACAACAAACAGAAAGCAAAUGACAUCUUAAUUUCUCAAUAUGCCAUGGGACGGAAGGAUGCCUUAAGAACAGUUUUAAAGCAAAAAGCGCAGAAUAUGCCAGUUUUUAAGGAGGUAAAAGUACAUCUUUUAGAGAACACAAGCACAGACAAGGAUGCUGUUGUUCAAGAAGCAAGAACUUCCCCUAGUGGAAUUGAUUCAGCUACGACUGUGGCUGCAGCAACUGCUGCUGCCAUCGCAACAGCAGCUCCUCUGAUAAAGGUACAGAGUGAUUUGGAAGCAAAAGUUAAUUCUGUUACAGAAUUACUUAAUAAAUUACAGGAGACUGAUAAGCAGUUACAGCGGGUGACAGAACAAACAGACAUUCAGAAUAAGCAAGAUAAACUACAUUGUCAUGAUCAUGAAAAGCAAAUGAAUGUGUUUAUGGAGCAGCAUAUACGGCAUCUUGAAAAACUACAGCAACAGCAACUUGACAUUCAGAGUCAUUUUAUCAGAUCUGCACUCAAGACUAGUAGUUUUCAGCCUGUUUGCAUCCCCUCUUCUAGAGCAGUGGAAAAGUGUUCUAUAAAUCCAGGACAUCCUCAUCUGGGUAGCAGCAGUCUAUCUUUUCGUAACACAUUUGCUUCCAGACAAGCUCAAGUAGCGUUUAUGGAUGAACUUGCCCGAAAAGAUUAUGAACAAAAGAGAUUUGAUCCAAGGAAUCAAAGGACCAAGAGAGCUCAGAAUAUGAGUAGAGAUAUUAAAGCUAACAUACAAGACAAAACUGUGAACACAUCUGUAAUUCCAAGAAACCUUUCUCAAAAACAAAUCCAGGAGUGUUUUAGAAGUCCACCUGGAAGGAGCAUGCCUGCUUCAGGUUUACAGAAAGAGAGAAGAGAAGGGCGUUUGAAAUCAACUACCAUUUUACAAGAUGAGGAUUAUAUGUUACAAAUAUAUGGGAAACCAGUUUAUCAGGGCCAUCGCAGCACUCUUAAAAAAGGACCAUAUCUCAGAUUUAAUUCUCCAUCUCCUAAGGUCAAACCACAAAGACCAAAAUUAAUAGAACAAAUUAAAGGAACCAAAGUCAAGUCAGCAAGAACACAAACUGACUUUUAUGCAGCAAAACCUAUGAAGGUGGACCCUAAAGUACAUCACUCCAUUACUACACUUCCUCCUGGUGAUCAACAGUACUUGUUCAGCCCAAGCAGAGAAAUGCCUACUUCUUCAGGUACUCUGGAAGGUCAUCUAAUUCCUAUGGCCAUUCUUUUAGGACAAACCCAAAGUAAUAGUGAUUCCAUGCCACCUGCUGGUGUAAUUGUAAACAAGCCACACCCUGUGACUGUGACAACUUCUAUUCCUCCUAUUCCUCAGUCAUCUCGAAAAAUCGAAACUGGAGUAAAGAAGCCUAAUGUUGCAGUUGUAGAAAUGAAAUCUGAAAAAAAGGAUCCUCCUCAGCUUACUGUACAGGUAUUGCCCAGUGUGGAUAUUGACAGCAUUUCAUACAGUAGCACUGAUGGGAGCUCCGCUCUGCCUAGUCCCAAAGAGGCCUCUCUUCCUCCAUUGCAGACCUGGAUACAGACUCCUGACUUUGUGCAGGUAGAUGAGGCAGAGGUGAAGCUUCCUGGAACUGACUUUGAUGAAGUAAUCGAUGUUAUACAGGAAGAGGAAAAAUGUGAUGAAAUUCCUGAAUACUCGGAACCAAUGUUGGAGUUUAACAGAAGUGUUAAAGUUGUUUCUACAAAAUAUAAUGGUCCUCCAUUUCCUCCAGCGGUCUCUAAUUUACAGCCUACCACUGAUAUUUUAGAUAAAGUAAUUGAGAGAAAAGAAACGUUGGAAAAUAACUUACUUCAGUGGGUAGAACAAGAAAUAAUGUCAAGAAUUAUCUCUGGACUCUUUCCACUGCAACAACAGGCCAGACUUAAUGCCAGUGUUUCAGUUAGUGAGGCCACUGAAUCAUCGACUUCUGACAUUGUGGAAGGAGCUAGCGGUGGAGCUCUCCAGCUUUUUGUUGAUGCGGGAGUUCCUGUGAAUUCAGACAUGAUCCACCACUUUGUGAAUGAAGCUCUUGCUGAGACCAUUGCUGUCAUGCUUGGUGACAGAGAAGCAAAGAAGGAAGGUCCUGUCAGGACAGAUGUUUCUGGUGAUGUUUCAACAAAUGAAGCAAGCUUAUUGGCACGAGUAUGCACCCCUGUAGCUACACCACAGCCUACUCCUCCUUGCUCGCCGUCACCUCCUAAGGAACAUGUAUUUGUGAAAACUCCAGAUUCUUCUCCCUGUGAUUCGGAUCACGAUGUAGCCUUUCCUGUGAAAGAAGUACCUGCUGUAAAAGGAGCUGAUAUUCCUGCUAUCACACUUGUUAAUACUCCAACAGUUACCCCCAUUACUUCACCUCCUCCUGCAGCAGCUCUCACCCCUACUUUGUCAGAGAUUUCCACUGAUAAAUUAAAAAUGUCAAGCCCAGAGCUUCCCAAGCCAUGGGGUGAUGGAGACCUGCCAUUGGACGAAGAGAACCCUAACUCUCUUCAGGAAGAACUUCCUCAUCCAAAGGCUAUCAUAAUGUCUGUGGCUAAGGAUGAAAAACCUGAGAGCAUGGACUUCCCUGUUCUGCCUGUACCUUUAGAGCCAGUUCCCUUAAUGCCAAUUCCUUUGGUCACCAAGGCCCCUUCACCCCCACAUGUGCCAAGUUCUGGUUCAUCAACACUGGAAAGCACACCGAGCGUCACGGUCACUGAAACGGAAACUGUAGACAGGCCCAUCUCUGAAGGAGAGAUUUUAUUUAGCUGUGGUCAAAACUUGGCUUCCAAGAUAUCAGGAAAUGGAUUAUGUCUGGCAAACCUAAAUGACAGCUUAUCCAGUACUCUGCAUGAUGCCCUAGAAAUGGAUGAUGAUCCUCUCAGUGAAGGACAGGUGGUUAGGAUGCCCCAUAAACAGUUGCAUUCAGAUGCAAUUCUUUCUCUUCUCAUGAAACGAGACCAGGAAUUAGUAGCUUCACAACAAGUACAGGACUUGGAUGACAGUGUGGGUGAAGUUAGUGAAGGACAGAGGCCCAGACUGACUGUGGCAAUGGAGAAUAUCUUAACGGGACCAUCUCUGUGUGUGCCACAGCCUGCUGCUGUUGCCGAGUGUUUGGAUCAGCAGAGUGUUCCCCGGCUGUUAGUUCAGCAGUCUGACAUAGCUCCAGGUAAUAUUCAUGAAGAUUCAUAUGCUAGUCAUGGCCCAAUGAGUUUGGGAGAGUUGGAAUUGCAGCCAAAUUCUAACCUUAUUCUUCCCACAACACUGCUAACAGCAGCAAAAGAAAAUGAUAAUAAUUUAUCCGAAGCAGCUGAAGAUUUUUCUCAGUAUGAACAGAAACAAGACCUGGAUGUUAAACAACUUGAGCAAAGUUCAACCAUGCCAGCACACAGUCGUUUAAUACUUGUAAGAAGUAAAUCGGAUAUUUCACUUUCACAACAACAAGGUGGUGAGACAAUUCCACUCUUCACUUCACAGGCGUCACCCACCAAACUGUCCGUGAUGCUACCCUCCGUGAACCUUGAGGAUUGUUCUCAGUCCCAGAGUGUCAGCACCGUACAGGGUGACAUGGAGUCCUCAGGGACAGAUACCUUCUGAGUGGGAAAUGGGAGCCACCUCUCACUUGUUUGUGAAGGCAUUCAUAAUGGUUAUGAAGGCAGUGUGAAUUGGCUGAAAACCAUGCUGGUAGACAACUUUAGUCUUUGAGCAUCUUCUGAAAAGCUAUUUCUGAUUUUUUAUUAAAAUGAAAAGCAUACUUUUAGUUGUUUUUUUAAAAAUAAAGUAAAUAUAAACCAUC